AUGAAACACAUAAACACGAAAUUGCUAGCUAAGAUUAAUAAAUUUAGAAUUCUUUACAUAGAAACAAAUAAUAAAUUAUGUAAUUCAAUUGAAGCAGUUUAUAAAUGUUUUAUUUGUUGCAACAAAAUAAUUAAACCAAACAUUUCAAUACAAAUUAAAAAUGUUAUACAAUCUGAAUUAAAAAAAAUGCAGGAAAAUACUGUUGAUAGUAUAAGUUUAGCAUUUGAAAGUUAUUUUGAAUUACUGCAUAGACAUUUGGUUAAAUCAAAUUCAAAUGCUCCUAAACGUUUUUCAAAAAAUAUUACAGAUAUUUUAGAACAAUCCUUUAAAAAUAGCCAAUAUCCUUCUGAUUUUGAAAAAGUACAAUUAGCAGAUAUUUGUAAUUUAUCAAUUAAGCAAGUAUCUAAUUGGUUUACAAACAAAAGAAAUAGAUUUAAGUCUUAUAGUAAGGGUUUUUUUUAUGUGUAA